AUGAUGCCUGGGGUCUCCGAGUUGAGUCAUUCUUCCAGUAUCCUGAUCAUAGGGGCUGGAACGUGGGGAGUGUCGACAGCCCUUCAUCUCGCUCGGCGAGGCUAUACAAAUGUCACAGUCCUAGAUGAGUACCCUCAGCCAUCCCAGAUUUCCGCAGGUAACGAUCUGAACAAGAUCUGUUCCUUCGUCAAUCCACCAGAUGAAAGCGACAAGGACUAUGCCAAUCAGAUCUUCUUUGCGGCACUUUCGAAGGGGUUUAAGGAGGAUCCAAUCUUCCAACCGCAUUUUCACGAAGUCGGCAUUGUAAUGUCGGCCCUUUCACCGGGUGGCCUUCAGCAAAUCCAAAAGCGGAACCAGGAAGGCUUCGACAUGACUGAGUUGAACGAACCCGAAGACUUCCAGAAAACGAUGCCAUCCGGUAUUCUGACAGGUCCGGUGCGUGGGUGGAAAGGUUUCUGGAGAAAGAACGGAGCAGGUUGGGUUCACGCACGAAAUGCACUUCUCUCGGCCAUCGUUGAGUCGCAGAGACUUGGGGUCAAUUUUAACUGCCGGUAUCCUCAGGGCAAGGCUGUCAGACUACUGCAUCGCAAUCCAGACCCCACCAAUAAUAAUGGAUUGACAGGAGAUGUGAUAGGGGUGGAGACACAAGACAACAAGAGAUAUUUCGCAUCGCGUGUCAUUCUGGCCACUGGGGCGAAUUCGGAUCAGUUCCUCGAUUUCAAAAAGCAGCUUCGGCCGACAGCCUGGACACUGGCCCACAUUCGAAUGUCACCAGAAGAGGCCAAAUCCUAUGCCAACUUGCCUGUGCUGUUCAAUGCAGACCAGGGCUUUUUCAUGGAGCCCGACCAGGAUAACCACGAGUUGAAGAUUUGCGACGAGCAUCCGGGGUACUGCAAUUGGGUGAUUGGUGCCGACGGAGAGCGACGGAGUGUACCAUUUGCACGCCAGCAGAUUCCUAUCGAAUCAGCCAAACGAAUUCGUGCACUCCUUCGAGCCACAAUGCCCCAACUGGCAGAUCGACCCUUCUCCUUCGCGCGUCUUUGCUGGUGUGCCGACACAGUGGACCGAAAUUUUCUGAUCGACUUUCAUCCAGACCAUCCGUCACUGCUCUUGGCCGUUGGUGCCUCAGGUCGCGGAUUUGCUCAUAUCCCUUCUAUCGGCGGGUUCAUUGCUGAUCGCCUUGAGGGUCGCAUGGAAGCCAAGGUGGCCGCAGCCGUUCGUUGGCGACCCGAGCAGGCGUUGAACCGUAAUUGGGACGACACGCUGAAUCGGUUCGGAGGACAAUACAAAGUUAUGAAUCUUCAGGAGAUAACAGAGUGGACAAACAUUCCUAACGGUUAUACUGAGAGCCUUCUCAACACCAAGAAUCCUUAA